UAUCGAACCCGACGGCUCUUAAACUGCGGGGGCAGCAGUUAACGAUGUCGUCGUCUUCGUCUCCUUCUCGAAUUUCGGAGAUCAGACGGGACGCCGUUUUCGACCGUUGGGUCGUCUUCUCUCCGGCCAGGGCUCGCCGCCCCUCCGACUUCAAAUCCCACGCCCCCGCCUCCAACCCUAACCCUAACCGCAAUCCUAAUGCCCUGCCUUCUUGCCCUUUCUGCAUCGGCCGGGAGAGCGAGUGCGCGCCCGAAAUCUUCCGCCUCCCCGCCGGAUGCGGCGCCACCUGGAAGAUCCGGGUCAUCGAGAACCUCUUUCCCGCCCUCCGCCGGGACGUGGAGCCCCCGGUCCCCGGCGAUACCGCCGACGCUGCCUGGUUGGUGAAGCUCUCGCUCCCGGGGUUCGGCUUCCAUGACGUGGUGAUUGAGACCCCCUAUCACUCCAUGCACCUGCCUGACCUCUCGCCGCAGGAGGCCGGCGAGGUCUUGCUCGCCUACAAAGAGCGGAUUCUUCAGUUCAAGCGCCAUGGAUCCAUCAAGUACGUGCAGGUGUUUAAAAAUCAUGGGGCAUCUGCUGGAGCAUCAAUGAGUCAUUCACACAGUCAAAUCAUGGGCCUGCCCUUGAUACCUCCAACAGUUGCUGCUCGGCUUAAUGCCACGAAGGAGUGGUUUGAGAGGACUGGGAAGUGUAGCCUCUGUGAGAUCCGGUCGGAGGAGAUUUUGAUCAAUGAAACGGUGCAUUUUUUCGCAAUUGUUCCAUUUGCAGCUUCAUAUCCCUUUGAGAUAUGGAUUGUGCCUCGCCAUCACUCCUCUCAUUUUCAUGAUAUAGAUAGUGAGAAGGCUGCAGAUCUUGGCAGUUUGUUGAAACUAAUGCUUCGCAAGUUGUCCAAGCAGCUGAAUGACCCACCUUACAACUUCAUGAUUCACGCUGCACCACUUGAGCUUGCACCAUCUUGCUUACCGUACAUGCACUGGUUUCUUCAGAUCGUGCCUCAGUUGAAUAGGCUAGCUGGGUUUGAGAUGGCAAGUGGAUGUUUUAUAAAUCCUGUCUUCCCAGAGGAUGCCGCAAAGGUCCUGAGAGAAGUUGAUUGCUCAAUAUAGUUAAUUGGCAGUGUCUUCUUUUACAAAAUGGCCCGUAUGAUGGGAGUUAAUAUAUGACCCUUUUAGCAGAGAGAGAGGUUAUUCUAAUUUCUUUCUGAGAUAAAUUGAAGCAGCACAGAGUAAGUGCCAGGUAUUGUGCUGGCAUCUUUAAGGCAUCAUGCUAUAUCUCCAAUUGACUGAGGAACUCCUGAGUUACAUAUUACAUAUGCAUUAUUCUAUACGAGUAGCUUUCCAGACUUUCUUGUGAACAUAAUUUCUGAAUAAUCUUCCUUUUAGAUAUCAUGAAUAAAACUGCUUCCUGCGUCUUCUUGGUUAUCAA